AUGGCCGACGAUGGAAUGCUUCUGAACUUUGCGGUUGGCGAUACCCCAUGGGCACCCAAAACAACCGCAUACAAGGGUGGCCGCUGGAAGGAUCGUUUGACGGCGAAGAAGGCUCUGCAAUAUGGACAGAAUAAGAGCAACCCGGAUUACAAGAAGGAGAACGAUUCGAGAAACGACGUUCGUUCAGGCUCGAACUCGGAACCCAGACCUUUCAAGCGUCAGAAGACUGACGGAGGCGAAUACAAACCCACACACACCACCGGACGUACUGGUCCUAGAGACCCCAACAAUGCUCCCAGACAGCGUCCUAAGGAGGUCAUCUCGUCUCUGUUCACAUACAACCCUACUGCCACGACGGCACCUGUCGAGGAAGAGGAGGAAGUAGAAGAUGCAGAGCCCGUACAACCUUCAAACGCUCCUCUGAGCUCAGAACUCGACACUUUCACCUCACUAGGUCUGUCGCCGAACGUCGCCCGCCACCUGCUCGAAAAGAUGGGAAUCAAGGCACCCACAGCCAUUCAAGCAAAGGCUGUUGCACAACUAGUAAAAGACGAUUCGGAUGCUUUCAUCCAGGCCGAAACUGGUUCCGGUAAAACACUGGCAUACCUCCUUCCCAUCGUACAACGUCUGGUCACCAUGUCAGAGACAGCAAGGAAAGCCAAUGGUGGCACCGGCGGUUUGACACGAGACUCUGGACUCUUCGCCAUCAUUCUGGCCCCCACUCGCGAACUCAGCAAGCAGAUUUCGACCGUUCUUGAAUCGCUACUCGGAGCCGCGCACUGGAUCGUCGCUGGAACCGUCAUUGGUGGAGAGAAGAAACAAUCAGAGAAAGCAAGAUUGAGAAAGGGUCUGAAUAUUCUGGUCGCCACUCCUGGUCGUCUGGUCGAUCAUUUGGAGCAUACCGAAAGACUCGAUGUGAGCAACGUACGAUGGCUGGUCCUCGAUGAAGGUGAUCGUUUGAUGGAACUCGGUUUCGAAAACGACAUUCAAAAGAUCGUCUCGCUCAUGAAUCUGCGUAUGCGCAAAGUACAACAAGCACCAAUCCCUGGACUGCCUGAGAAGCGAACUACAGUUUUGUGUUCUGCGACAAUCAAGAUGGACGUCGAGAGAUUGGGCAACAUCACCUUGAAAGAGGCCGUGUCAAUCUCUGCCGAAAAGCCUAGGGACGCAGAAGACGCAGAAAAGAACGGCCACGCUUUCUCAGCACCCGCCCAGUUGAAGCAAUCGUAUGCAGUCGUUCCGGCCAAGCUACGACUGGUCACAUUAGCUGCCAUUCUCCGACGAGCAUUUGCUAGAAAGGGAUCAGUCAUGAAGACGAUCGUGUUCAUGUCAUGUGCCGAUUCGGUGGAUUUCCAUUUCGAGGUUUUGACACGCGGUGGAGAGAAGAAAAUUACUGGCUCCGAGGCAAAGGAGGAGAGGAAAAAGAACCCGGAGCUGUCUGAACUGGAUAAGAUGAACCCUAUUACAACAACUGCGAAGAAAGAGAAAGAGAAGGAAUUGUCAAACUACGAGAAGAAACUGGCACCAGGCAAGAUCAGACAAGGAGGUUCGAUCGACGACCAGUGCACUGAGGCCAUCGCACCCAUCAUCUCGGGCAAGGAAAACGAUGUCUCCAUCUUCCGCAUGCACGGUUCCCUUCCGCAAAAUAUCCGUACCUCGACUCUCAAGGCUUUCACAAAUAACAAGGAUGCUUCGGUUAUGGUAUGUACGGAUGUUGCCUCCCGUGGUUUAGAUUUGCCAAAUGUCGACUUUGUCAUCGAAUACGAUCCUGCGUUCAGCAAGGAUGACCAUCUCCACCGUAUUGGUCGUACAGCCCGUGCAGGUCGCGAGGGACGAGCUCUGAUCUUCCUUCAGCCCGGUAACGAGGAAGGCUACGUCGACAUUUUGAAAGAGGGUCGAAGAGACGCCGGACAUGGUCUCACUCGUCAUGACGCUAUUGAACUUCUCAAAAAGGGUCUGACUCCCACCUCUGGCACAGUAUCGUCUGGUCGCGAGUGGGAAGAAAAGGCAACGGACUGGCAACUUGAUGUCGAAAGAUGGGCUCUUGAAAGUCCCAAGCAUCUCGAGCAGGCUCGUCGUGCAUACCAAAGUCAUAUCAGAGCUUACGCUACCCACGUAGCUGCCGAGAGAGGAAUCUUCAACAUCAAGACUCUCCAUCUCGGUCACCUGGCCAAAGCAUUUGCUCUCAGAGAUAAGCCCGGUAGCAUCAAGGUGCCCGGUCUGCGUCCUGGCAAGGAAGAUGCGAAGAAGUCCAAGGACUCUCGUCACAAGGCUAACAUCAAGGGUGCAAAGAGUUCUGGCGGAAAGUCAUCAGCACCUGAUGGUGAUGACGCUCCUCAGAUGACAGACUCACAGGAGGCAGCCAGGAUCAUGCGUGCAAAGACAAAGGCCAUGAUGGGUGGAGGUGCUUCAGAGUUCAACCUUGGUUAA